AUGGGUAAUAGCACAAGUAGUGAAUUAUCCGUCGAUGAAGUACCCACCCAGGUCAGGAAACAUUACUACUACGGCGUCGGGGCCCCCAACUCAAUUAUUAGGAAGGUUAAAACGGGUCAAGAUCGUGAAGAGGAUGCAGCAACUCCCACUGGGGACCCUCAACAAUGCAAUCCUGUACAUGCUUCAUCGGAUAUCCCUGCUUCACCACCGCCGCCGCCGCCCAUGGCUGAGAAUGAACAAGUGUCACAACCCGUCACGGAUGAACCACCUGGUCAAGAGGAUAAGAGAUAUUAUGUGACACCAUAUAAAUCGUUGGCGUAUGGUCAUCCAGACAUUGGUGUGAAGGAGAGGGUGGAAGGUGUGGUGGAGGUGGAGGAGGAACUAGAGGUGAUAGAGGAGUUGGUGCCAGCAGCACCCUCUGUGCCUAACAUUCCGCCCGCUAUUCCUAGCACCUCGAGAAUUCCUACUCCUCCUCCAUCCCUACACCCAUCUUCCAACAUUCCUCUCGAGUGA